GCUGGGGGACGGGCUCCCCGCCGCAGGCCCGGGCGGCGCCAAAGGAGCCUCCUCCUGGCGUGUGUUUGACUGACGCUCGUCUUGACUGGAUUCAGUGGCUCUCCUAAACUCGGAGAAAUCCUACCUACGUCGCGGUUACAGUCUUUUGAGACCAUGGCGAGCCCAGGGAAGGACAAUUAUCGAAUGAAGAGCUAUAAGAACAAUGCCCUAAACCCUGAGGAAAUGAGGCGAAGAAGAGAAGAAGAGGGCAUUCAGCUCCGGAAACAGAAGCGGGAGCAACAGCUUUUUAAACGGAGAAAUGUGGAGAUGAUUAAUGAAGAGGCUGCCAUGUUCGAUAGUCUCCUCAUGGACUCCUAUGUGAGCUCUACCACUGGGGAGAGUGUGAUCACAAGAGAGAUGGUAGAGAUGCUCUUUUCUGAUGAUUCUGACCUGCAGUUAGCAACCACACAGAAAUUCCGGAAACUGCUCUCCAAAGAGCCUAGCCCUCCAAUAGAUGAAGUUAUCAACACUCCAGGAGUGGUGGAUCGGUUUGUGGAGUUUCUGAAAAGGAAUGAGAAUUGUACAUUACAGUUUGAAGCUGCCUGGGCUCUAACAAACAUUGCCUCUGGAACCUCUCAGCAGACCAAAAUUGUCAUUGAAGCAGGAGCUGUCCCCAUAUUUAUAGAGCUGCUUAACUCGGACUUUGAGGAUGUACAGGAACAGGCAGUCUGGGCACUGGGAAACAUAGCUGGAGACAGCUCCGUUUGCCGAGAUUACGUCCUGAACUGUUCCAUCCUUAAUCCUUUGUUAACACUCCUUACAAAGUCCACACGACUGACAAUGACACGGAAUGCAGUCUGGGCCCUGUCAAACCUCUGCCGAGGGAAGAACCCACCCCCAGAGUUUGCAAAGGUCUCCCCUUGUUUGCCUGUGCUCUCUCGCCUCCUCUUCAGCAGUGACUCAGACUUGCUGGCAGAUGCUUGCUGGGCCCUUUCUUAUCUGUCUGAUGGCCCCAACGAGAAGAUCCAAGCAGUCAUAGACUCUGGAGUCUGCAGGAGAUUAGUAGAGCUUCUGAUGCAUAAUGAUUACAAAGUGGCUUCUCCUGCCCUGAGAGCUGUGGGCAACAUCGUCACUGGGGAUGACAUCCAGACCCAGGUUAUUCUUAACUGUUCAGCCCUCCCUUGCCUCCUCCACUUGCUGAGCAGCCCCAAGGAGUCAAUCCGGAAGGAAGCUUGCUGGACCAUUUCAAAUAUCACUGCUGGCAACAGGGCUCAAAUACAGGCUGUCAUAGAUGCAAAUAUCUUCCCUGUGUUGAUUGAAAUCCUUCAGAAAGCAGAGUUUCGUACAAGGAAAGAGGCAGCCUGGGCUAUCACCAAUGCCACAUCAGGAGGAACCCCUGAGCAGAUCAGGUACCUAGUCUCACUGGGCUGCAUCAAACCGCUAUGCGACUUGCUGACUGUGAUGGAUUCAAAGAUUGUGCAGGUGGCCCUCAAUGGACUGGAGAACAUCCUUCGGCUUGGAGAGCAGGAGGGCAAGCGCAGUGGCUCAGGGGUCAAUCCCUACUGUGGUCUCAUCGAGGAAGCCUAUGGCUUGGAUAAAAUUGAGUUUCUCCAGAGCCAUGAAAACCAGGAGAUCUACCAGAAGGCCUUUGACCUCAUUGAGCACUACUUUGGUGUAGAAGAUGAUGACAGCAGCCUGGCUCCCCAAGUGGAUGAAACGCAACAGCAAUUCAUCUUCCAGCAGCCUGAGGCCCCCAUGGAGGGCUUCCAACUAUAAUGUCUGCCUCCGGGGAGGGGAUGGGAUGGGAAGCACCACCAACCAGCGGAAAAGCAGCCCUCUGGUGGGCGGGAAACCAGCCCCCCACCAACAGCCGCCACCACACACCUCUGCUGCCCUGGAAACUGUGCUCUUGACCUGCUCCACCCCCUUCCCUGGAGGGAGCACCCUCUGGACAGACAGAACCAUCUGAGGCUCACAUUUGGGUUUCGUGACAAGAAGGGGACUUGUUGGGUUUUUCUUCUUUACACUAUAUUUUGGCUGCACAUAUGUCUUUAACCCAGGAGCCCAGGGGUAGUCAAAGGAGGACUGAGGUAAUCAAUUUUGCACCUUUUUUAUUUUUAUUUUUUCUUUAGUGGUGACUUCCUUCCCUUUUUAUCUUCCUUCAUCCUUCCAAGUUCUCUGCCCUGAUCUGUGUGUAACUCUUAUCUUGGGUACUUGAGCAGAUGGAAUAUUCCAGAAGUAGGGGGUGGGAGGGGAGGGGAGAAAUCCAAAACAAAGUGUUCUUGCUCUGACAGCAUAUUAAUCUUGUAUGCUUGGAUUAUUUAAUUUUUUUUCUUUUGCACAUUUUUCUUGUAUUAAGAUUGCUCUUUCCAAGAGCCAUGAGUUCCUGGUUUUAGGAAUCCCAGCUGCCAGCAUUGUCUGGGACUGGAGGCUGAGGGGGAGGUUACCAUGUGACAAAAGCCCCUCCCUCCCUCUAACCCCUGCCCAGACCUCUUUAGUUUGGGAGAUCCCCCUCACUCUCCUGGGGCAAGUACACCAGUGGGAGUGGAGGGGAGGAGCACAGGCCUUCAGACAGGGCUUCCCAUGUGUCGCUACUGAUCCCGUUUCCUACCCACCUUCCAAUGGUGCGACCCAACUUCAUUUGUUUACUUGAAAAUUCCCCUCGGAGUUGAAUUAACUUCUGAGGUAGCUGUAUUUUCUCCUAAGCACGAGACGAGGCUGUGGUCCUUCCUUUCUCCUGAGGAGAAAGUCCUUGCUCUGGUGACCCAUCAGUUGCAGAGGAGGUUGGAGUGAGAGUGUCAUGUAUUGGGAUAGCCAGGGAUCCCUGCCUUUGGCCUUUCUUCCUCUUCUUCCUCUUCCAUAGUUGGAUCAUGUAUAUUUUACUUCCACAGGAGAGAAUGUCAGAAAGUUAUGUAUUUUUUUAUAUUCUAUAUAUUAGGUAGGUCAAUUUUAAUUGGUCUCAAGAGGAAGAAGUGUCUGUAAUUUCUGUAAGUAGGAUAUUGUGAGGAGGACCAAAAAGAGAUGUGGAAGCUCCCUCGCUCAGGAAGCCUGAGCUUGGUCCUUUUCUUUUCUGCUUGGGUUCUGGGCCACCAUCUGGGACCAACCCUUAGCUCUGGAACCUUUACGUAGCAGGUCAGCCUGGUCUGAUUGUCCCAGUACCUGAAGGGAGCAAAGAGGACCCCAGGGUGUGGUGAGUCACUACUCUAGUCCUUACUGCUUACGUCAGAAAACCCAGAAAGCAGUCUGCCUUCUCAGUCUCAAAGGCCCUUGCAUAAGUUAUCACACAUGGCUGCCUCUCCUAUUAUCAUAGAAACUUAGCAGCCUCAGGACUUUCAUGAGAGUUAUCGUUGUCUUCCCUGUUUGGGAUCCUUGUACAUGGUUUGAGUUUUGCCCGCCCUUUUAACAAUUAUAAUCCUAAUGCCAUUUUUUCUUUUCUCUUUGAGUAAAGCUGGUGCAGUGCCACAGUGGCUUGCUUAUGCUUCAGUGGAUUACAUAGGAGAUUAAGCCCAGUUGUUGGAGAUGGGGGUGGAGGAAGUUGUCAGCUAGGUAUAGACCAACUGUUGUGAAGGCGCAAUCUACCCUGCCCGCUUCCCCACUACGGUCAGUCAGUCAGUCAGAGGUGCCCUGCUUCAAGCUCUAUUUUCCCUACCCCAGAAACAAUUCUGAUCUUGUUCUCAUUCUUACGCACCCCCUCCAGCUCAGGUGAAAUCCAUACCCCUCUGCUGCAGAUCUAAAGUUCAGGUGCUCACUAUGAGCCAUUGGUCUUGAAUGUGCCCUCUCUUUCUACAGUUGAGUCAACUCCACAGCCAUUUUCUAAGAAAGGUAGUUUGGGGCUAGAGGUUAUUACUGAAGUAACACCAAUGCUGUAGCACCUUAGUGAGUCAGAUGCUACUCAUCAGCUUGGGAAUGUCAACCCCUAGUGUCUCAGGUAGGCAAGAGGCAAGACCUUUUCCACCUGGCCUGCUAACUCCACUACAAAACUAUUUUACAGUUCAAAAGAAAAGCCCACCUCAUCUUUGUUCAAGCAAUAGUUAAGUCCUUGACAUUGGGGCCAGAUUCUUAUGGUGAGACAUACACAUCCUGCUUUUCCCAACUGUUCCUCCAAAAUUCACUUUCAUUUCAGAUCUGGUCCUUUACCACAUGGCUGACUUUUUUGAUCCUCUGGCUGCUGCUUAAACCAAUUUUCUCUAAGGAUUCCAAAGGCUAUAGUCUCCCAGGCCAUAGCAUGAGGACAGAUUUCUCAUCUGAUAACAGUGGCCUCCAGGAGCUUCCCUUUGUUAGUGUCUUCCUCAGACCACGUUUUCUCAUUAUCUUCCUCUAACCCCCUUUUCAGUCAACAGGUUAAGUUCUUCCAGCCCUCAGCGGCAGUAACAUCAUCUUUUGUGUCUCCUCCUUUCCUUUGGCCAACUUGGUGAGGAAAAUACUACUUUUUUAACCCAGGCUUAACAGCCACUCUUCAUGGGCAGCUCCCACCUAAACUCCAGGCCCUGGCCUACGUGAGGUCAAAGGCUUUCUGGUAGACUUCUGAAUGGAUGUUGCAGGGAUGGAGGGACUGCCAGCCUGCUGUAGGGAAUAGCCUAAUAAGACAUGUUUUCAGAAUCUUCAGAUGUCGGCACAUGGCUAGUAUAUCUAUUUUAAGACCUCUGGUGGGGGUGGACUAAGGGGACAAGGAGCCUUUUUCUUAGCUAAAGUGUUCAAAUACUGUUUUAAACAGUGCCAGCUUUUUUAUUGCCAGCCCAUCUGGGCAUCCUAUCCCCAAAUCAUCUUCUCUAGUACUAACAGGGUCUCUGGUCUUAGAAACCUGCUCUCAGUUCUGAUCUAAUCCCCAGUGACUGCCUGGCCUUGGUCUUGGCGCUACCUUCUGGUAGAACCACAUGGGUUCCACCCUUAGCUGGCUGGCCUGGUUGCUUGAGGUAUUGGGUAUAAAUGACCCUUCCAAGGAGCAGCUGUUGAUGACCUCAGCUUUCAGGGACCCUUGAUGUUCCCCCUCAGCUAGAACCCUUGGAUCCACUCCUACUCUCUCUGUGCUGGAAGCCAUUUUCCAUGAGCCCAAUGUUUUGGAGCUGAACUGCAAAAGAUGAUAGCUCCUACUAUACUGAGUCAAGGAAGAGCAAAAGGAGGCUCUCAGGCACAGGCUUUCUAUUUCUCUCUAGCCAAACCAGCUUAAAAUGAAAACCAUCUACAAAAUGAAGUGGAUUUCCAUUUUAUUGUGUCUACCUGCUUUCUCCCUACAUCCUAGAGUUACUCCUGUUUCUAGCAAACUGGAAGGAAAGGAGAUGAAUGCUUACAAUACUUCCCUCAUUUCACAUACCCCUCUUUGCAUGCCUCAGCUCAUAUAUUCAGACCAUAUCUCUUCUCCCCAAGACUCAGCUUGGUAUCCAUCAUCUUGAGUGUUCCUCUGUAGGUUCAUCUUAUAGGCUCAGAUUCUGGAUUCUCAAUGGAGAGCAAAGAUCCAGAUUCUACAGGUCCCUACAGGUGCUACAGGGAUCAGUAGGGAAAACAGGCUGGCUGGGGGCCUCAGGAACGUGUGUGACUGACUGCCUCCCUGGCAGUCUGGGGGAGGUUGCAAGGCUCAGGCAGUGCACUGAACCAUAGGAAAUGCUCAUAACUGGUGGCAUCAUCUUCCGGGUAGGACUAUCCUAGAAGUGAAUGACAGACUAAGAAAUUGCUCAGAGUAGGUUUCUUCCACAGCCAUUUUAGGAUUCUAGACCAAUCUUGUCCAGUAUUUUUUCUGUCUUUUGGAUUCUUUUGUUAAGCUAGCAAGCUGAGAACUAGCUGCUCCUUGGCCAAGGCCUUCAUAAAUGACUCAGUCACCCUAUUGUCUACCCCAAGCCCCACCGCUAGAUUAAGACCAUAGAAAGGGAAGAAUUUGAGGUCAGUAGCAACCAAGUCCGAAUUAAAGCUGUUAUUUUUCCUCUGAGGGCAUUUUGUGUCCAGCCUGGGCUAUUUUCAGAACCAAAACUGGGUAUGAGAGUCAGAAGAGGCAGCAUUAAAAUUUGGGCCCAGAACACCACAGGAGAAAGGUUUGCAUAGUGUGUUAUAACAGUCUUCAGUGAGUUUUGGCCUACCUUGCUGCUUUUAGGUCAGCCUGAUUGAUGUCUCUUAGCACAUACCUGAACCCUGCUCCCAUUUAGGUCAGAUUUUCAGGGUUUGGGAAGAGAAAACUCUGCCAUGCCCUAGGGGCAGUGAAGGAAGUCUAAGCUCAGAUCCUGAGACUGGCUGGGAACCUCUGACUCAGAGGAUGGCCUUAAAGAGUCUGUCUCUAUAAACCCUCAGGCCCUGUAGUUGGGUAUUGGCUCUUUUAGCCAACUUGUGGGAACUGCCUUUGAACCACUAAAGAAGUAAAGGGCGUGGGGUAUGAGGACCCAGCCACCCAAGACAAACCAGAUCUGUCCCUCAAAAACAGCUUAGGUUCCCAGCUACAGACCCUUGGAAGGUGAAUUGAGCCCUCUUCCUCACUGGUUUUUCUUUCCAAAUUUAUUUGCUUUUAGUUUUCUAAGAACUAUAAACUCUGGCUAUUUUCCAAGUACUCAGGGCCCCUGGGUAGACAGAUAAAGCUUGAUGAUUUCAGAGCAGACAUAGGCCAAGAAACCAUGGCAUUGAGUGUACUGAGUCCAGACAAAUGAUAUUUAUAUACACAUCCAAAUUUGAAGAGAAAAUGUAUUUCUUUAGGUUUCAAACACUGUAAUAGAUAUAAAGCAAAAAUAAAAACCUGUUGCAAAGUU